UGUGGGGUGCAACAUGGAGACGACUAGUGGAACUGCUGAGCCGGUUUCCGGGGAACUGGUGUCUGUGGCACAUGCUCUUUCUCUCCCAGCCGAGUCUUAUGGCAAUGAUCCUGAUAUUGAGAUGCCUUGGGCCAUGAAAGCAAUGCAGCAUGCUGAAGUCUACUACAAGCUGAUUUCAUCAGUUGACCCACAGUUCCUGAAACUCACCAAAGUGGAUGACCAAAUCUAUUCAGAGUUUCGGGAAAAUUUUGAGAAACUCAGGAUGGAUGUGUUGGAUCCAGAAGAGCUCAAAUCAGAAUCAGCUAAAGAGAAGUGGAGGCCAUUCUGCUUGAAGUUUGACGGGAUUGUAGAAGACUUCAACUAUGGUACUUUGCUGCCACUGGAUUGUUCCCAGGGCUACACUGAGGAAAACACCAUCUUUGCCCCCAGGAUACAAUUUUUUGCCAUUGAAAUUGCUCGGAACCGGGAAGGCUAUAACAAAGCAGUUUACGCCAGUGUUCAUGACGAAGAAGAGAAAGAAGGCAACCAUGGAAGAGAGGAAGGAACUGACAGUGGACGGGCAGAAGAGAAAGGAGCCAACAGAGAAAGAGAAAAAGCAAACACCAGUAAAGGAGAAGAAAAAGAACAAGGAGCCAACAAAGAAAUCAGCAAGAGUGGUGAAACAGCUAUGUAA